AUGGCGGGGCAAGUUUUAGAAGAAGACCCCAAAACGGGAAAAAUGAUAAGCAAGGAAAUAGUAGCCAUGCCUAGUUUGGGAGAAAAAUCGAUCGCUCCUCCGCCAUUGGAAAUAGUUCAAUUAGAAAUAACCAAAUUAAGGGAUAACAAUAAAGAUUUAGAAAAUCAGUUGACUAAUCUGCAACAAAAGGAUAAGUUAAAAGAUAAACUACAUCAUGAUGCAAUCCGGUCUAAAAACGAGCAGAUAGGCGAAUUGUCAAAAAACCUCGUGGAAGAGCAAGCCAAAAUUAUCAAACUGGUCAAUAGUUUAAUUGAUACUAAAGGCGAAUUAUCAGAAGAGACCAAAAAAUUUAAAAAAGUUAUUGAGGAAUUAAGGGAAAGUCUGCAAAAAGAAACAGCCACGAAACUGAAAGUGGAAAAAUUAUUGCGAGAUAAAGAAGAUGAGCAUAAUUCUUAUCUCAGUCAAAAAGAGAUUGAAUUAUUACAAAAAACGCAAGAAAUUGAUCAACUUAAGUUAGCCUUAUCUGAUAAAACUGACAAAAGUGAACUCAUUGAGGAGCAAGAAAAAACUAUUGCCAAGCUAAAGAAAGAAUAUCAGGAAAAGUUAGAAAAAUUAGAACAAAAUGUUAGGGGGAAAAACCAAAAUAUAGAUUACUUAGAACAAGAAGCGAGCAAAUUUAUUUCUCGCAUAGUCGACGAAUCUGAUUUAGUUGGGAUAAAGGCGGGUUUGGCGAGAAUGGAAAUGGUGUUUUCCUCAAUUGAAAUUCCGGAAGUUCCGGUGGAGAAAACUGAUUUUAUUCCUAGUGACUUAGACUAUAUUUCCCCCGACAUUUUUAAAUCUGAUUUAGAAUUAUUAGAGGAAGAAAUUAAUAAUUAUGUGGAAUAUAAAAAAGAAAUAAAGAAAAUUAUCCAAAAAACCAAGGAUAAGACUAGUGUUUUAUACGAUGAGGAAAGGGUAAAUGAGGUUAUAGAUAAUUUGAGUAAAAUAUUAGCAGGCAUUAGCCUUGAUGCUGAUUUAGAUAAAAAAAUUGAGAAUCAGCAGGCCAAUUUAGAAGUUGCUUCGGAAAAAUUAGAGGAAGGAGUUUAUUGGAAAAGCAAAUUAAAAAAUAAGAAUAAUUGGGAAGUAGCAGAUUAUGCUAAGGAAAUAUUACGGGACAUUUAUCGGAAAAAUGGCAAAGAACAGCAAAUUCCUGACGACUUAAAAGAUCCGUUCUUUACUUCUUUCAAAAGUAAAUUAACCCAGUGGCAGGAAGAAAUUAGCGAGGAGUUUACGGAAGAACUUUUUCCCCAAACCUCUGGAUUAAUAGUGUUUGGUAAAAAAAUUAAUGACGAUCGUUUGGUUCCUUCUGAUUUUGUGUUUGUGGGAUGGUUAAUAGAGGAAAAAGAAGAGUUAAAAUAUAAUACCGAACCCAAAACUUUUUAUUUCAGUCCUUUCAUUAGUGAUGAAUACUAUGAGGAUGUUCUCCAAGAUGCCGGAAGUAGAAAUUUAAAGAUUUACCAAAGCGGGUCUGAAAUGGUGCUAGAUGAUAAGCAUGCUUAUAUCAAUUGCCAAGUUGAUAAAGAAGUGGGAGGAAUUGAUGUUUCAGAUGAUUACGAAACGCUUUUUGAACCAGCCGCUAGCCAGAUCAAAGAAGAAGUUUGUCUUUUAGUCGCAGAAGAUUUUAAAAUUAUAGAAGUUGACAUUUCCACUCAUAUAAAUCUGGACGAGGAAAAAGAUUUUUCUAAAAACCGACAAGAUGAAUAUACUAUUAAUGAAAAAACUAAGGAAGUCAUUGUUCCUACUUAUACUUCUAAAGGCGAAACUGAUUUUAAUUUAAACGCUGCUGAAGAUAAUCAGGAAAGAAUCGAUGUCUUGCAAGAUGAUAAAUUACCUGCCACUACUUUUUUAGAAGAUGAAUCCGGCGAGAUUAAAGUGGGCCGACAAAAACAAGAUGUAGAGAAUUUUAUUAUCUCUUGUCGGGCUAGUUUGAAAUAUAGAUUAAAUGUAGAAAAUAAUGAAAAAGAGGGAGAUGGUUUGGGUGAUAAAUUAAAGGAGGCUUGGACCAGUUUAAAAAAUGAAUUUCCGGCCACUAAUUAUAAUCCGGUUACCCCAGAAUUAUUGAAUAAAAUACUAGCGAUUGAUGAAAGCG